AUUAACUAAAAAAGUGCGUGACUCUCCCAUCUCUUCUUCCUCUUCUCACAAAUCUUCUUUACUCAAUCGACGGACCCAGAAGAAAAGGCUCGUGAGCUAUGUCGUACGAUUACCUCUUCAAGUACAUAAUCAUCGGAGACACAGGUGUCGGGAAAUCGUGCUUGCUUCUGCAAUUUACGGACAAGCGGUUCCAACCAGUCCACGAUCUCACCAUUGGUGUAGAGUUCGGUGCUAGGAUGGUCACCGUGGAGGGACGCCCUGUCAAACUCCAAAUUUGGGACACAGCUGGACAAGAGUCUUUUAGAUCCAUCACUAGAUCGUACUACAGAGGAGCAGCUGGAGCUUUACUGGUUUACGACAUCACCAGGAGAGAGACGUUUAACCAUCUGGCGAGCUGGUUAGAGGAUGCUAGGCAACAUGCUAAUCCCAACAUGAGUAUUAUGCUGGUUGGGAACAAAUGCGAUCUUGCUCACAAGAGAGCUGUUAGCAAAGAGGAGGGAGAGCAGUUUGCCAAGGAAAAUGGGCUCUUGUUCUUAGAAGCUUCUGCAAGAACUGCUCAAAACGUUGAGGAGGCCUUCAUAAAGACAGCAGCAAAGAUCCUCCAGAACAUUCAGGACGGCGUCUUUGAUGUAUCCAAUGAGUCAUCAGGCAUCAAGGUCGGCUACGGACGUCCUCAAGGUGAAGCUGGAAGAAGAGAUGGUGCGAUCGCUCAAGGAGGAGGCUGUUGUGGUUAAAGAGACCUCAAGAUGUGUCAACAGUCACACACACACGUAUCUGAUGUAAUCUGGUGAUUCAUAAACUGCUCUUGCUUUUAUUAAUCUCUGCUAAUGAAUACACCAGAAUGUAUAGUUUCUCCUUUUUUUUCCUCUUCUCUAUUUCCACAUCUUGUUGUUACCAACAAACUAAACCGGUGCAUUUGAGAGUGAACAUCUUUAUAAACCAAACAGGCGUUGCCAUAAAUCUGUUUGUUGUUUUGGUACCUAAAGACAAAAUGAUCUCCA